CGGGCGCCCAGAUGACGUGGCGGGAACGGCGGAAGCGGCGCCUCCUUUUCCUUGGCGGCGGCGGCGGCGGCGGCGAUGGCGCCGGCCGGGCUCGUGUGGUGCGUGGCGGCGGCGGCUCUGUUGGUGUCGCGCGGCCGGGCGGACGAGCACGACCACACGUACCAAGACAAAGAAGAAGUUGUUCUGUGGAUGAAUACUGUGGGACCAUACCACAAUCGCCAAGAAACCUACAAAUAUUUUUCUCUCCCUUUUUGUGGAGGAUCAAAAAAGAGCAUAGAUCAUUACCACGAAACACUGGGAGAAGCCCUUCAAGGGGUAGAAUUGGAGUUCAGUGGCUUGGACAUUAAAUUCAAAGAUGAUGUAAUGCAGACCACCUACUGUGAAAGAGAAUUGGAUAAACCAACAAGGGAUGCAUUUGUAUAUGCCAUCAAAAAUCACUACUGGUACCAGAUGUACAUAGAUGACCUGCCAAUAUGGGGUAUUGUUGGAGAGGCAGAUGAAAAUGGUGAAGAUUACUAUCUCUGGACCUACAAAAAACUUGAAAUAGGUUAUAAUGGAAAUAGAAUUGUGGAUGUGAAUCUGACAAGUGAAGGGAAAGUUAAACUGGUUCCUAACACCAAGAUCCAGAUGUCUUACUCUGUAAAAUGGAAAAAAUCAGAUGUGAAGUUUGAAGACAGGUUUGACAAGUACCUUGACCCAUCUUUCUUUCAACACAGGAUUCACUGGUUUUCCAUCUUCAACUCCUUCAUGAUGGUUAUCUUCCUGGUGGGCUUGGUGUCUAUGAUUUUAAUGAGGACGUUGAGAAAAGAUUACGCUCGCUACAGCAAAGAAGAAGAAAUGGAUGAUAUGGACAGAGAUUUAGGUGACGAGUAUGGUUGGAAGCAGGUCCACGGAGAUGUCUUCAGACCCUCCAGUCACCCUUUAAUAUUUUCAUCACUUAUUGGGUCCGGCUGCCAAAUCUUUGCCGUUUCUUUCAUCGUGAUCAUUGUGGCCAUGCUGGAAGAUUUAUAUACAGAGAGAGGAUCGAUGCUAAGUACCGCUAUUUUUGUUUACGCUGCAACAUCCCCAGUGAAUGGCUACUUCGGAGGGAGUCUCUAUGCCAGACAAGGAGGAAGGCGGUGGAUAAAGCAGAUGUUCAUUGGGGCAUUCUUGAUUCCUGCCAUGGUGUGCGGCACGGCGUUCUUCAUUAACUUCAUUGCCAUCUAUUACCACGCAUCCAGGGCCAUCCCCUUUGGGACAAUGGUGGCUGUAUGUUGCAUCUGCUUCUUCGUUAUUCUUCCCUUGAACCUCGUUGGCACAAUACUUGGGCGGAAUCUUUCUGGCCAGCCCAACUUUCCUUGUCGAGUCAAUGCUGUUCCUCGUCCCAUCCCAGAGAAAAAAUGGUUUAUGGAACCAGCUGUUAUUGUUUGCCUAGGUGGGAUUCUCCCAUUUGGAUCAAUUUUUAUUGAAAUGUAUUUCAUUUUCACCUCCUUCUGGGCUUACAAAAUCUACUAUGUCUAUGGCUUCAUGAUGUUAGUGUUGGUUAUUCUCUGCAUCGUGACAGUUUGUGUGACAAUCGUAUGUACGUACUUCCUACUAAAUGCAGAGGACUAUAGGUGGCAAUGGACGAGUUUUCUAUCCGCUGCUUCAACUGCAAUCUAUGUUUACAUGUAUUCCUUUUAUUACUACUUUUUCAAGACAAAAAUGUAUGGCUUGUUUCAGACAUCAUUUUACUUUGGUUAUAUGGCAGUAUUUAGCACAGCCUUGGGAAUCAUGUGUGGAGCUAUUGGCUACAUGGGAACAAGUGCCUUUGUCCGAAAAAUCUAUACUAAUGUGAAAAUUGACUAAGAAACCUGAACUCUGGAACAGUCGACAUUUUGGGGGUGGGCUGGGGAGGGAGCAGAGUAUAUAAACUUGCACACCAAAAAAAAAAAAACGCAAGAAGAAACCGUGUGUGUAACACUGGGCACUCUGUGGGUCUCUGUUUUGUGGAUCAUUUAAAGCAACAUCUGUUUUCAUUGAUCCUGCAUUCUUACUGAUGUUCUCCAGCUGUUCUCAACAAAUGCUUGGAUUGUAUUCAGUAGGCAUCACCACAGUACAGGCUAAUCUUCCCCAAAUGUAGCACACUAAAGUUGCAAUAGACUAGCUCUCUUCAGUGAAGAGGACAAAAAAACUGUAUUUAAGCAUUUGUUCCAUUCUAUUCAAAAAGAAAACGAAAAGGCGGCUCCUUAAACUUGGCUGAUUAGUCACUGGUACUUAAAAUACUGUUCCAGAAAGAUCCCUUCCUCCAACUGUAAUGCUAUUCGACAGGGUAAAAGUAACGCUGGGUGUUACCAGGAUUAAUUUGCAGAGUCAUCACAUGUUUGUUCAAACAUGCCAGAUAAUUUGCAUGCAGUGUCACCAAUCGAAUUGGACCAGUUUCCCAUUAAUUCAUCUUUAAAGGAAUAUUCAGCUAUAUUUGAGAUCCAUCCAAAGAAACUUUGAGUACAAAGGUGGAGUUCUCUGCACUGUAAGUUGUUUGUACAGUUAGAAAGCAAAACUAUUAAAAAGAUGCAAUCUGUUUUUAUUAAAUACUUGGACGUCUAGAUUAAAACAAAUAACUGAAUGUCUAUAAUUUCUGUUCUUUUUUUUCUUUAUCUUUUUUAGUUUUCCCCUUCUGUCCCCCAAGGUUUGGAGUGUUUCCUUGAUGAUGUAAAAGGGGUAAUGUGUAUAAAACAUUAAAUAAUGUAACUUAGAUGUAGCUCCAAAAUGUAUUUGGAUGUACAGAUUUACUGAAGAAUACUUUUUUCUGAUGAUUCAGUGUACAAAUGUGUGGAUUUAGGUGACUUUUUACAUCUUGCCUGCUAUUGCAUGAAACGUUGCGGGGGUGAGGGGGGGCUCCUCGCAAUCUCUGUGUGCGUCUUGUUUUCCGUUUCCUGAAACUCUUUCAGAAGCAAAACCCUUGUAAUUUAUGACAGUUUAAUUUUGUUUGAUUCUCUCUGGACACCAAUGUAACAUCUUGAGCAAUGCUGCUUUUAAGUGUUCAGGAAAUGAAAAUAAACUUUUCGGACAAAUGUUCUGGUUGUCAGAAAAAAAAAACCUAGAUAAACUUAAUGGUCGGCAGUGCUCAUUUUUAAAAGUGCUGCGGCAGAAGUUCUGUUUCUAAUGAGGCAAAAGCCCAAGGAUGUGUUCCAGGUCCGCUGCGAAGGUUUCUACCCUCCGUUGAGAAAGAAGUACCCUGGGGCAGCAGAAGAGUUCUUGCCAAGUGUUCUGAAGGUGUCGGGGAGAGAGGGUUGGCAAAUAAAAGUUAUAACUUUAUUGAUUCUUACUAGUAAUAAAGUCUUUGAAGUUUGUUGUUUCUAGAGAAGGUGUGAGAUGAAUUUUGCCCUGUUCCCAGUUGACAAAGAUAAAAACCAAAAACUGUGUUCCUAAAAGACAAAAUUGGGGUGUGUGUCAGUGAUGCUUCAUCCCAACCAAUUCUUCCACAAAUAAGUUCAGUUGGAGAGUGAUUUUCAUUUGCAAAUAGUGCCGGAAGAGGGAAAAAGUACCAUUUUUAGUGAGCGAGUUGUCGUUGGAAAUGUUCAAAUGCCACGGUGCAUUUUCAGAUUUGAGUCUGCGGUUCUUUCUUUCUCUGUCUGAAUAGGUGAUAAUUAUUAAAUUAUUUGGGGGCCCUUGUUUGUUAGUCUUUGCAGUUCAUUCUCUAUCUUACUGUACAGUUUCCCUUUGGUCUUGUAAUACAACCAGGAGAAUCCACCCAAUGCAGCUCCUUUGCUUUCGGCAGCUUUCAGACAGGACCCAUUAAGACGAACUGACUUUGCUCAGCAGUAAUAUGACUGUCAGGAGCUCCUUCAGAUGUCUCAUUCUGCAGAUCAGAAAUCUCCAAACAGGCUAGGCAUUGCUUGACCUCACGAAUGACGACCCUUUUCUGUUUCCUUCACUCUUGGGUUUGUGUUUUCUGUUCCCCAAAAGAUCCUAAUUCUGUACCAAGGGGGAAGACAAAUUUUAUAACCUGAAUAAAAUAGGCAAUUAAGCAAUAA